ACCCGUAUGUGCUUGUCUCCGGAGCACGGGCGCUAGUGAGCGAGUGGCUUACGCGAGAGGAUGUCGGAUGGGAUGGAGUGUACUGGAGGAACUUUGUCUGAUAAAUCCGCUAAAGAAUAAAACAGCUCAGGCUUCUGGUAUUCACUGAAGAAGAAAGGUCUUGCAUCACUUGUAAAGCGGCUUGCUUCGGCUCGUGUGGUUGGUCCGCGGUGCGCGGAGCCGGAUGUCGGCGCACGGAGGCGGACGCUAGAGAGACGGGAGACGGGCUCGGCAGCUACACGCUCACCGCACACCGUCGGGGAUGUUAUCGGUACUCUCCUAUGGCAGGAUCGUGGCUAGGGCUGUCCUGGGCGGACUCUCGCAGACGGACAGCAGAGAUUACAGCCUGGUCACGGCCAGCUGCGGCUUCGGGAAGGACUUUCGGAAGGGGAUCCUGAAGAAGGGCAUGUGUUACGGAGACGAUGCCUGCUUCAUCGCCCGGCACAAGUCCGCAGAUGUCUUAGGUGUUGCGGAUGGUGUCGGGGGCUGGAGGGAUUACGGCGUGGACCCGUCCCAAUUCUCUGCCACCCUGAUGAGGACGUGUGAACGGCUCGUGAAGGAGGGCCGCUUCACUCCCAGCAGCCCCGUGGGCAUCCUGACCUCCGGCUACUAUGAACUCCUGCAGAACAAAGUACCGCUGCUGGGGAGUAGCACAGCUUGUAUAGUCAUUCUGGAUCGUCGGAGUCACAGGGUACACACCUGUAAUCUGGGAGACUCGGGCUUCUUGGUGGUCCGGGGUGGAGAGGUGGUCCAUCGGUCAGACGAACAGCAACACUACUUCAACACACCCUUCCAGCUGUCCAUAGCCCCGCCGGGAGCAGAGGGCCUGUUGUUGAGUGACAGUCCUGAGGUGGCAGAUAGCACCUCCUUUGAUGUCCAGUUAGGGGACAUUAUCUUAACAGCUACUGAUGGCCUCUUUGACAACAUGCCUGACUACAUGAUCCUGCAAGAACUCAAGAAUCUCAAGAACACCAAUUAUGAUAGUAUCCAGCAGACUGCCCGCAGCAUCGCUGAACAGGCCCAUGAGUUGGCCUAUGACCCCAACUACAUGUCCCCUUUCGCCCAGUUUGCCUGUGACAAUGGGUUGAAUGUAAGAGGGGGGAAGCCUGAUGACAUCACAGUGCUUCUGUCCAUCGUGGCAGAAUAUACAGACUGAGCGUGCCCAGUGGAGCUCGCUCUUCUCUUACACCUGUGUCUUCCACCACUGCCCUCUUGCACUGCUCCCCAUCUCAGAUCUCCUAGAACCCUUUUCCAUUCUUCCACUUCUCGAGUAGAUCUCCAGUCAACCCAGGGAGGAGAAUAGUGUGAACUCGUUGGCCCGGGUGGUGAUGCAAGCGGUACAAACAAUCCAAAAUUGAUGUCCUCACUUGUGUCCAAAAGGGUUUGGGGAAUCUUCAACCUGUGUUGUGAAUUUGAGUCAUUUCUAGUUUUCCAAGGGGAAGGAGAGCCAUGCAUUACCCUCAAAAAGUGGUUUCUUUUUGAAGAAGCUGUUAUAUUCACUCGUGUUUGUGCAAAUGAAAAGUUGUUGUUAAAUGCUUGGUUGUCUAUGUCUUGAGAGAGAAUCUAAAGUCUCUAAAGUCUAUAUGAGCUGGAGUGCCUCUGUGUUUGUGUGUGUACGUGUAUAA